GCUGGUUGCUGCUUAAGAAGAAGAGAUCCACAGUGUUCCUGACGUCCAGGUUGAGGAAGUCUGAAGUUUACGUGUUUGAUUCACACAUUUCUUUCAGAUCUGGUCUACCGUAGGUCGACACGAUGUCCGGCGGUCCCCAUAAUGAUAAGGAGGCCAUGAAUAUAUACUGUAUAACCCUCAACGGCCCGGCACCAUGGGGCUUCAGACUUCAGGGGGGGAAGGACUUCAGCAUGCCCCUGACUGUGUCCAGGCUGACCCCCGGGGGUAAGGCCACCCAGGCCGGUGUGGGCGUGGGAGAUUGGGUGGUGUCCAUCGGAGAGACCAACGCAGAAGACAUGACCCAUGUGGAGGCACAGAACAAGAUCAGAGCAGCAGAGGAGUCUCUCACCCUCACCCUCAGCAAAGCUUUCCAUGCGGGUGGCGAUCAGAAGGAUUCACUCGCCCCCACCUCGGUUCAGCCCAAAUACUCCUUCGCCCCCAGCACCGCUAUCAACAAGAUGGCGCGACCAUUCACCCCGGGCGGCGGUAACACGGUCAUUAAACCAGUGACAUACGCCCCUAAAGUAAACACCCCGGCCUCAGCGCCGCCCGCCAGCAUGCUACAGCCACACAACGGAGAUGAUCAAGCUUUCUAUGAUCACCAGAUUUACCAACACGAGAAGCACGGUCUGCGGGUGGAUGGCAUCCCCAUGUUCAUCCCCAACGACCGCAGCAAGAAGAGGCUAAUCGAGGACACUCAGGAUUGGCAGCCCCGCACGGGCACUACCCAGUCCCGCUCCUUCCGUAUGUUGGCCCAGCUCACAGGCACCGACUACAUGCAGGACCCAGACGAUGAGACAAUGAAGAGGGCCAGCGUCAAGGCCUCUCUGUCACCUGCUAAGGCCCAGACCCAGACAGCAGACAAACCUGACGCCUCUAAGACUCCAGCUAUAGUCAAGGCUGGUCCUCUGGUACGUCCUCCGUGGGUGACCGACCCAGGGUUCGCUGACCGUUACGCCCCAGACAAGACCAGUACGGUUCUGACCCAGCACAGACAGCCGGCCCAGCCAACGCCCAUGCAGAACCGCUCCUCUAUCCUACAGGCAGCUCAGCAGGCACCCGAGGACAGCGGAAGGACCCCUCUCUGUGGAGCCUGCAACAAGAUCAUUAGGGGCCGGUACCUGGUGGCUCUGGGUCAGUCCUGGCACCCAGAAGAGUUCCAGUGUUCCCAGUGUAAGGUGAUGUUGGAUGAGGGAGGAUUCUUUGAGGAGAAAGGCUCAAUCUUCUGCUCCAAGUGUUAUGAUAACCGCUGUGCUCCCAACUGUGCCAAAUGCAAGAAGACGAUCGUAGGGGAUAUCAUGCAUGCUCUGAAGAUGACCUACCAUGUCCAGUGUUUCAUGUGUGCUGCGUGUAAGAGCCCCAUCAGAAACCAGGCCUUCUAUAUGGAGGAGGGAGAACCUUACUGUGAGAGAGAUUAUGAGAAGAUGUUUGGUACUAAGUGUCAUGGCUGUGACUUUAAGAUCGAUGCUGGGGACCGCUUCCUAGAGGCCUUGGGAUACAGUUGGCACGACACCUGCUUCGUCUGCGCUUUCUGCCAGAUCAACCUGGAAGGAAAGACCUUCUACUCUAAGAAGGAUAAGCCGCUGUGUAAAGGCCAUGCCUUCACUCCCGUCUGAGAGGGAGAGAGGUGGUUCAGACAGGAGACCUUCACCAUUCUCUGAACCCUGAAGACCUGUAGAGUGCCAGUUAAUCGCCACUCCACUGCAAACCAGACAGCAUCAGGGCAUCAGAUCCUCACUUAUCGCUCAGCUACAGAUAGAUUCAGCCGUACCUCAUCCUUCAACUUCUAUCCCUGGACUUUCCAAAUGCAUCCCGUACUGGCUCCCUUCACUAAGCGCUAAAGGAAUGUAAAUGUUAACCUUUCUGACCUUAACCGCCUAGUUUCUCUACUGUUGUUACUCAUAGCAGGUUACUCUAGUAUCAUAUGUAAUGGUAUAACGAAGUGAGACAUUUUUAGUAUUGAGUGUAGUGUUAUUACAAACGAAGUCAUUUCAAGCCUUAGCUUCUCUAACUCUAACUCUAUGUAUUG